CCCCCGAAAAGAAAAGGUCGAGCCAAAGUUCCCGGCCACAGUAUCAUUUUGGUCGCGCGACAUAGUUCUUCUCAUCGCAUCGAAUGAUAGAAGAAUAAGAAAAAAAUCAUUUUUCAUACAUCGUCAAGAAAAAUAAAAACAGCGCCUGUCCCUUUUGCUCGUUGCUUAUAUUCACCAUGAAAUACUUUGGCCUUCGCGGCAAACACCUCAACUAUGCCAUAGGAAUCAUCGCAGGAUGCGAUUUCCUGCUUUUCGGAUAUGAUCAGGGUGUGAUGGGUGGGAUUCUCACGAUGCACCAGUUCCUUGAGGCCUUCCCGGACAUGAACUCCGAGGACAAGACCAUAGACGCCAUGGAGCAGUCCAAGCGAGCCUCGACGCAGGGAAUCGCCGUAGCUGCGUACAACCUCGGGUGCUUCAUCGGCGCCGUCACCACCAUCUUCAUCUCCAACCCUCUCGGCCGCAGGCGCAUGAUCAUCCUCGGUACUAGCAUCAUGGUCAUCGGCGCCAUACUGCAGGCCAGCGCCACCACCCUCCCGCACUUCAUCCUCGGUCGCAUCAUCACCGGUCUCGGCAACGGCGGCAACACCUCGACGGUACCCACCUGGCAAUCGGAAACCUCGCACGCGCACAAGCGCGGCAAGCUGGUUAUGAUCGAGGGCGCGCUGAUCACGGGCGGCAUCAUGGUCAGCUACUGGAUCGACCUCGGCUUCAGCUUCGUCGAGAGCAGCGUCUCCUGGCGCUUCCCGCUCGCCUUCCAGGUCCUCUUUUGUCUGUUCAUCCUCGCCUUCAUCUGGAACCUGCCCGAGUCCCCCCGCUGGCUGAUCCUGAAGGGCGAGGAGGACGAGGCGAAAGAGGUCCUCGCGGCGCUGUCUGAUACCACGGUCGACGAUAAGAUUGUGACGAACGAGUUCACGGCUAUCAAGGAGACGGUGCUCGAGAUGUCCAAGGGGUCUUUUGCGGAUUUGUUUACCAUGGAUAAGGAACGAAACUUCCACCGCACCAUGCUCGCGUUCGUCAACCAGAUGUUCCAGCAAAUCUCAGGCAUCAACCUCAUCACCUACUACGCGCCCGUGAUCUACUCCGGUCUCGGCAUGACGGACUUCAUGGCCCGCCUGCUAGCCGCUAUUAACGGCACCGAGUACUUCAUCGCCUCGUGGCCUGCCGUGUUCCUCGUUGAGCGCGUCGGCCGCCGCAAGCUCAUGCUGUUCGGCGCCGCGGGGCAGGCGAUGAGCAUGGCGGUGCUGGCGGGCGUCAACUCGGACGGCGCGCAAGGAAAGAAUGGCGCGAUGGUGGCUGCUAUUGUCUUCCUCUUCGUGUUCAACACUUUCUUUGCCGUCGGCUGGUUGGGGAUGACCUGGCUCUACCCCGCCGAAAUCACCAGUCUCCGUAUCCGCGCGCCUGCCAACGCUUUGUCGACAUCUUCCAACUGGAUCUUCAACUUCCUCGUCGUGAUGAUCACGCCCGUGGCCUUCAACAGCAUCGGGUACCAGACGUACAUCAUCUUCGCCGCCAUCAACGCCUUCAUGGUCCCCGCCGUCUACUUCUUCUUCCCCGAGACCGCGUACCGCUCCCUCGAGGAGAUGGACUCCAUCUUCCACAAGGUCGAGGGGCCCAUGGGGUACUUCAACGUCGUGGCGAUCGCCGAGAAGGAGCCCAGGAGGUACGGGAAGAAUGGCGAGCUGCUCAUCGCGUACGAGGAGACGGAGGAGCACAGGGCGAAGGCGAGCCAUCCCGCCGAGCACCACGAGGGCAUCUCGGGGUCUGGGUCGGUGGUGGAGGCGGAUGCGGAGAAGGGGCAGGGGAGCGAGUUCUUUGAGAAUAGGGGUUGAAGUUUUAGAUACCUAGCUUAACGGCCUAGACCUAUACUAUCAAGAUGUUGUAUCUAUCUAUUACACAUAUUCUCUACCUACAUACCCACCUAACCAGAUGGAAGACGGCACAUUGAUAGGGGAUGGGAGAAGCUAUUCAGACUUUUUUCUAUCUAUUUGGGGGGGGGGGGAGGUUUUUAUUACAGCACUUAGAUACCUGCUUACCUUACCUCUCGUCUCUAGAUGUUAUGUAUUGGGAACAUCUUUACCUAGACUGGAAGACAGAAAUUUACGCGAUUUAGAUGUAGAUGUAGUUACAUACAUCAGAGCCUAUGUACUCCCGGAAACAAAAA